AUGGCGGGCCACAGCGCUCGAAACACUGCGCCUGAGGCUUUUGCGGCUGCAGGCUUCGCGGAACCAGCAGGUACGGGAAGAGCAGGCAUUGGAAUGUCAGGCACAGGACUGGCAAACACGGAUAUGGCAGGUCCGGGAAGGACAGGCUCGGACAGGAGAGGCAUGGCAACGGCAGGCAUGGGAGUUGCGGGUACGGCGGCAAUGGGUGAGAUAGGCCUGCGCAGUCGUGAGUUGGAGACAGGGGCGGGAGAUCAAGACUUGCUCACCGCCUUGAACCGCGGCUUAAACCGUGGCUUGAGCCAUGAGCUGUCAGUGGGCCCGCUUGCUGGCGUGGGCAUGGCUUCUGGUUCUGCGCGUGCUGGGCGAACUGAGGCGUUUCGACCUGCUGAGGCGCAAGAGGGGAAUGAGGGGCACGGGGGGCAUGGGGGGCAUGUGGGGCAUGGGGGUGGCAAGUGGCGCGAGGGGAGAGACGGGCGCGAAGGGCGCGGGCGCAGCGUUGGCGCAAGGGACGCGUAUGGCAGUGCUUCGAGUCACCACGUGACCCCGCAAGGCGUGGCACCACCGCAAGCUCUAAUACGACAAGUCAUGACACCUUAUGACAUGGCACCACAGGCCAUGGCAGCACAGGGCAUGGCCGCACAGGUGGUGCCGCCCGAAGCUCGGAUGCAGCCAGAUGUUGUGAUGCCGCAAGGCGUGGCACAGGUGUCGCGGCGGAGCCUGGAGCCCAUGCUUCAUGGGCAGCCACGUCAGGAGCCGCUGCCACGUCAGCAUGCGCGUCAGGAGUCCGUGCCACGUCACCAGCCGUUUCAAGAGCCCGCCCCACUUCAACACCCGUUUCAGGAGCCUGUAGCGCGUGGACAGCCCGUGCCACGUCAGCAGCCUCGGCGAGAGUGGUGGCUUGAUGCGAUAGGGGAAGGUGAGCUGAUUCAGGUUACUAGGGACAGCGCAACUGCAGAUACCAGGGCGAGCGGUCAAGUGCCUACGCUUGAAACGGGUGGUGCUAAUAUGGGGUAUGAGCGGCUUCAAGAGCACCCGGAAGGCCGUGAAAGGGUUCAAGGAGAGGGUCUUAACGAUAUGCAGUUUCGCAGUAACGAGUACGGGGAAAAUGGUGGUGGUGGCUUGCAGGCGUUGCAAGGGAGGCAGCAAGGGGAUGGGGGGUUGCGAGGGGGGAGAGGAGAGGUGACCCCAGCUGACGUGCGGUAUGUGGAUGACUGGCAGCAGCGGCAGCAGCAGCAGCAGCAGCAGCAGCAGCAGCAGCAGCAGCAGCAGCUGUUGGGCAUGGGUAGGGGCAUGGAUGGGGGCAUGGGCGAGGGCAUGGGUAGGGACAUGGCUAGGGACAUGGGUAUUGGCAUGGGUAGGUUCAUGCCUGGGGGCAUGGCUGGGGACAUGGGUAGAGGCAUGGGUAUGGACAUGGGCAGAGGCAUGGGUAGGGACAUGGGUAGAGGCAUGGGUAUGGACAUGGGCAGAGGCAUGGGUAGGGACAUGGGUAGAGGCAUGGGUAUGGACAUGGGUAGAGGCAUGCCAGGGGGCAGAGGUGGCGGUAUACCUCCGUGGCCGUCCGAGAGAGUACAAGAGGCGGGAGGAGCGGCGGGAGGACGAGCAGAUGCAGUGACGGCAGCAGCAGCAAUAGCAGCAGCAGGAGCGGACGGGGUGGGAACGGAACGGGCAGCAGCAGGCGCGCAAGGUGAGGCAGCAGCAGGAGGGGGGGCAGCAGCAGAUGGUGGAGCGGCAGCAGCAGCGGGGGAGGGUGGGGUGGAGGACGAGGGGGAGUGGCGACCGAUUCGGCUGCGGAAGGGGCGGCCGAAGAGGCAGAACAAGCUGGAUGUGCCGACCAAGAGGGAGAUGUGCGCCCUCAAGCGCUUGCGCCCGGGCCUCACCCACGCCAACAUCAUCCAGCUGCUGCAGGUGAGAGCGGUGCAUGGUGUGAGAGCGGUGCAUGGUGUGAGAGCGGUGCAUGGUGUGAGAGCGGUGCAUGGUGUGAGAGCGGUGCAUGGUGUGAGAGCGGUGCAUGGUGUGAGAGUGGUGCAUGGUGUGAGAGUGGUGAUUGGUGUGAGAGUGGUGAAUGUGGUACCUAGCAGAGGCGCACCUGAGGCAGAACAAGCUGGAUGUGCCGACCAAGCGGGAGAUGUGCGCCCUCAAGCGCUUGCGCCCGGGGUUGACCCACGCCAACAUCAUCCAGCUGUUGCAGGUGAGGUGGUGGAGCGGUAUCUAGCAGGGCAGGCGAGUUUUGGGGCGCCUCAAAAGGCAGGCGAGGCAGAACAAGCUGGAUGUGCCGACCAAGCGGGAGAUGUGUGCCGGUGGAGAGCCGGCGGACUGACGACUGGAGCGUCAGGUUCACGCACAGCAAGCGUGUGCGUGACACGCAACAAGCGUGUGCGUGACACGCAACAAGCGUCAACGCUUCCCUGGGCUGCGAAUGGAGUCGUCGCACGUGACCAAGAUCAUAAAGGAUGGGCGCCAAUCCUUCUCACCAGCCCCACUCCCCCCUCUCUGCAACCGCUCUUCCCAACCCCUCCCCUCAACCCCUCUCCCCAACCCCUCCCCUCAACCCCUCUCACCAACCCCUCUCCCCAACCCCCCUCCCCAACCCCUCCCCCCUCUCCUUUGCAGAUUCGCUUCCCUGGGCUGCGCAUGGAGUCGUCGCACGUGACCAAGAUCAUAAGGGACGAGAGCCGGUGGUUUGACGAGCGGAACGUGAGGUUUGUGCACAACAUGCGCGUGCGCAUGCCCGACUGCUACGCGCUCGAGGAGGCCCUGGCAGCGUGGUACAAGGAGGGGCGCUCUCCCUCUCCUCAACCCCUCUUCCUAACCCCUUUUCCCAACCCCUCUUCCCAACCCCUCUCCCCACUCCCACUCUCCUCAACCCCUAUCCCCCCCAACCCCUCCCCCUCUCCUUUGCAGAUUCGCUUCCCUGGGCUGCGCAUGGAGUCGUCGCACGUGACCAAGAUCAUAAGGGACGAGAGCCGGUGGUUUGACGAGCGGAACGUGAGGUUUGUGCACAACAUGCGCGUGCGCAUGCCCGACUGCUACGCGCUCGAGGAGGCUCUGGCAGCGUGGUACAAGCAGGAGCGCAUGCACGGCCGCAUUCCGCUGUCUAGAGUCUCUGGCAAGGCCCGGGAGCUUGGCCCGCUGCAUGGCGCCCCGGCGGAUUUCAAGUACAGCACCGGAUGGGUGAUGCGGUUUCAAGAGCGGUGGGGGUUCUCAAAGAAACACCUGGAUGCAGCUAGGGAGGCACACUUUCAGGAAGAGGAGGAGGACGACGACGGGGAGGGGGAGGGAGCGGGUGGGGGUGGGGGUGGGGGUGGGGGUGGGGGUGGGGGUGGGGGUGGGGGUGCUGCUGCUGCUGUGGGGGAGAAUCCUGGCCCUUCACUUUUGGAGCUUGCUGAUCGGAUGUUUGGGCCGGAGAUUAGGGAGGCUGGGCGGGGAGGUAGGGGUCGGAGGAGGAGGAGGCAGAGGGAGUGGACUGCGGAUGGACGCGAGGUGAUCGAUUUGGAGAGUGAGGAGGAUGAGGAGGGCGGGGGAGGGAGUGGGGAGGACGGGGAUGAGGAGGGGGAGGAGAGAGAGGAGGAGAGGGAGGAGGAGAGGGACGGUGAGGGUGGAGGGGAGGAAAUGGGACAAGUGGUGGAAGCACAGGAGGGAAGGGAAGUGCGUGGGGAAGAGGGGGUGCGAGAGGAAAGAGCGGUGCAUGAGGGGGGGAUAGGCCCACACACUCCCACUCCUCAAACCACCACCCUAGCAGAUCGCUCCCCCCGCCCCACCCUAGCAGAAUUGGCUCUAGCAGAGGCGAUUGCAGACGGCACGAUAUCAGAUGAAGGCGGGUCUCUCCGUGUGAGGGGUGACCUGGCCUCCCUUGCUCUGGCUGAAGCCACAGGAGCCCUGCCUGCUGCUGCCAUUGCUGCUGCCGGGGAUAUUCUGUCCGUCCCUGCUGGACCUGCUGCUGCUGGUGCUGCGUCUGGUGUUCCUGGGAAAAAGCAGCCAGCGCGGCAGCAGAGGCAGCGGCGGCGGCAGCAGCAGGUGGGGAGGGGUGGACGGGAGUCGCGGCGGGGAAUGAAGUACCAGACUCGGCGGCAUUUCAACCUCACAGUGAAGUUCAAACGAGCCAUGUGCUUGCUCCAGCAGGCCGUGCCUGAGUUGCGGGUCAAGGGGCUAUUGCGGCUGAUUACCCAGGAAUGUGAGGGUAAGUUGCUCGAGAGCGUACCGUACUGCAACAUUCGCAAAAUGCUGAGCCAGAGGGACUAUUACCUCCGGUCUCAGGACCUGGAGAACCGUUUCCGGUUUAGAAAGCCGAAAUACCCGGAAUUUGAGAGGGCACUCGCAGAGUGGGUGCGUGAAAUGAAGGGCAAGUAUGGGGAGGACGUUUUAGUGUAUGAGGAUGUGAAAGGGUAUGCGAAGCAGCUAGGGCCACGCAUGGGCGUGCGUAAAACCUUUACUUACAGCCAUGGUUGGGUGGCAAGGUUUUUGCGCCGGCAGGGGUUGAAUCUGAAGAGUAUUAGGAGGGAUGUGGCAAAGGGCGGGGAACCUGGGGUGGGUGGGGACGGGAAUGGGGAGGGCGAGGGGGAGAGGGAGGCGGGGGAGGGUCAGGGGGAAGGGGAUGAGGGAGGGACGGAUGGAGAGAGGGGAGGGGUUACUACAGACGAUGGUGCUAGUACUGAUGCGGGCGGUGAGGGCGAGGGGGAUGAGGAAAGGGGGGACGAGGAGGGAAGGGAGGAGGGAGGGGAGGCGGGAGGAGGGGAGGCCGGAGGGGGAGGGACAGAAGGAGGGGAGGCAGCAGGAGGACGGGAGGCAGCAGCAGGGAAUGCAGCAGCAGCAGCAGCAGCAGGAAGUGCAGCAACAGCAGGAAAGGAAGCAGAAAAGGCGGCAGCAGCGCGGGAGGCGGAUGAGCUGGCAGGGAGGAUCAUGGCUCUGGUGGCGCGGAUCAACGCAGGGCACGCCGUGCCACUGCUGGACGAGGGGCUGCUGCCAAGGAAAGGAGGCACGAAGGGAGGCAGGAAGGGAGGGAGGGGGCCUCUGAACCAUGACGGUAAUAAUGAUGGGGGUAACGGUAGCGAUGGUGGUAACGGCGGCGGUGGUGGUAACACCGGUGGUGGUGUGAAGCAGCGGAUGCAGGUGCCGCUGCCGCUGAAGCUGGCCGCGUGCGCCGUCUACCGCGCCCGCCCUGACCUACCCCAUGUGAUUGUCCACCAGACCCUGCAGAAGCGGUACAAUGUGAAGCUAGAGCGGUUGAAAGCGGCCAAUAUGCUGAGCAUGGAGGGGGUUAUGAGGGAGACGAUGCAGCGGGGCAUGGUGCGGGCGCGGAAGGGCAGAGAGGUGCAGCUAGAGGAGGCUCUUGCUAUGGCUGUGCGGGAGGCUGCAGCUAGGAUGGGCGGGGAGCGGGGUGGGGAGGGAGUGGGAGAGGGUGGGGCGGCAGGGGAUGGAGAUGGAGGGGGAGAAGGGGCAGUAGCAGGAGGAGGAGCGGGGGGAACAGGAAGAGGAGCGGGAGGAGUGGGAGGAGAGGGAGCAGGGGCAGCAGGAGGGGGGGGAGCAGGAGUGGCAGGAGCAGAAGGCGAAGCCACAGCAGCAGCAGCGACAGCUGCCCCCCCUGCCCCGCUGAUGACGGUCCCUCAGAUACUGGCAUAUGCGAAGCGCCUGGGCCCGCUGGUGGGCGUGUCCCCCUCGUUCCGCUACAGCACCAGCUGGCUGCGGUGCUUCCUGGUGCGCCACCAGCUCGAAGCAUUCGUUGCUGGGCGAGCCGCGCGGAAAGGGGGUGGAGCGGGAGGAGGAGGGGUGGGAGGAGAAGGACCGGGGGAAGGAAUGGGGGGAGGAACGGGGGAAGGAGCGGGGGGAGGAGCGGGGGGAGGAGCGGGGGGAGGAGCGGGGGGAGGAGCAGGGGGAGGAGCGGGGGGAGGAGCGGCAGGAGGAGCGGGAGGUGAGAGGGGAGGCGAGGGGGAGUGCGAACCGGAGGGGUUGAGAGGGAUUCUGGAUGAGACGUUUCAUGUGAGGCAGGAGGAGGUGGAUGCACUGGUGAGAAUGGCUGACCGGCUGUGGCGGAGGACAAUGCGCAUGAACCGGGGGCAGCAGGGCGGAGAGGAGGUCGAGGACUCUGGGGACGAGGAAAGCGAGGGGGAGAAGUGGAGGGGAAGGAGCGGGAGAGCGGCGAGUGGGGAUGGGGAUGGAGGGGAGGAUGGAGGUGGGGGCGAUAGUGACGACUCUGGUAGCGAUGGCGGUGGUGGUUUUGAGGGUAUGGCCGGGCGAAGCACUCACUUCCCGCUCCAUGACUCAGGGGCCUCCAGUGGGGAUGAGCAGGCAGGAGGGCAUGGGGCGAGAGUCACUCGCUCCCAGCAUCUGCAUUCCCUCUCAAACCUGCCUGGGGCGCGGGUGGUGCCGCCGUCUCUUGCUUCUUCUUCUCUUGCGCCGGGUGGAGCAGGCACGAGGUGGGGAGCAGCAGCAGCAGCAGCAGCAGCAGCAGCAACGCUUGUGCCCGCGCCUGUGACCACAGCAGAGGGGAUCCUGUCAGAGUUAGCAGACGUGCGUGUGGGGUCUCUGUCAGAAGCGCACCCGUCCCUGCUCUCCUCCUGGUCCCGCCUCUCUUCUGCUUCUCCUGCUAGCGCUGCCAGUGCUGCUGGUACUACUGGUGCUGCUGGUGGGGGUCUAGGCGCUGCUGUUGGGGUUAUAGACGGUUUAGGGGGCAUGAUUGGCGGGAUGACUGGCGGGAGCGAGGCGGAGCUAAGAUUGGCCCGGCGGCGCCGAGAAAUGCUGUCCUCUGAUGCCUUCUAUAAACGCUGGCAAGAGCAUGCGAGAGUGCUCCGAGAACAGCGAGAGAAAGCGGGGGAGAGAGGAGGCGGCGAGGGAGGAGGGGGGGAGAGAGGCGUGGGAGAGGGAGCGGGGGGAGGGGAGGGAGGAGGAAGGGUGGCCGGCAAUGUGGUGGGAGGGGAGAGAGGUGCAGGAGGAGGGAGUGGAGGUGGGGGAAGUGGAGGUGGGGGGGGUGGGGAGGGGGCGUGGGAGCAGGACGAGGGGUGGCAGUGGUGGAUGCGGUCGGGUGUGGUGGGGGUGCGGCAGAUGGUAGGGGCGUGGGAUACCCUCUUGGCUGUGCGUGCUGUGUGUGUGGGAGGGGAGCGUGGUGCUGGUAGGGGUAGUGGCGGUGGGGAAGGGGGAGGUGGUGGUGGGAGAGUGGGAGUAAGGGGGCCUGGGGUAGGUGGGGGAAGAGGGAGAGGUGGUGGGAGAGGGGCAGGAGCGGGGAGAGGGAGGGAAGCGGUCGAUGGCAGUAAGGAGGAGUGGGAGGAGAAGCCGGCAGUGGGGAGGCAAGGGGGAGGGCUGCGGCAAGCGUGGGUGAAUAAAAGGGGGACUGGGGUACGGGCUGGAACACGGGGGACUGUGGGGCGGAUGGGUAGAGGGGGCACUGGAGGAAGGGGCACGGGGGGGCGGGGCAGGAAGAGGCGCAGGGGUGAGGAGCAGGGCGGGGCGAUGGUGGGUGCAAAACGCGGGAGGAGAGGGGGAUUUGGGGUAAGAGGUGGUGGGCGAGGAGGGGGCACGGGACGGGGGCGAGGUGGGUUUUCAGGGCUGAGAGGAGGUGGAGGAGCCAUGCUGGCAGGCCGAGGUGGGUUGGCAGGAAGGGGCAGGGCAGCAGGAAGGGGAUGGGAAGCAGUAGGGCGAGGUGGAUUGGCAGUAAGGGGCGGGGCAGCAGGAAGGGGAUGGGAAGCAGUAGGGCGAGGUGGAUUGGCAGUAAGGGGCGGGGCAGCUGGAGUAGGUGGGGUGGCAGGAAGUGGAUGGGCGGCAGGGCUAAGUGGGGCUGCAGGAAGAGGCUGGGCGGCAGGAAUGGGCUGGGCGGCAGGAAGAGGUGGCGGCGGAUCAGGGCCACCGCCGGGUCCCACUGGGCAACCGUCGUCCUUUGCAGCACUGCUGUCACAGCUCCUCUCCUCCACUGGCCCCCCUCCCGGCACACUCACCCCUCCUGCUGCUGCCAACAUCUCCAAUCCCCUCAACCCUCACACUGCUCAGGGCAUAUAA